AUGGCUAGGAGAGCCCUCAUUCUCUGUGCUGUGCUAUGUUGUACUUGCUACCUGGGACUUGCACAAGUACUGCCUGAAGAUGUGGACAUUCUCCAAAGGCUGGGCCUUAUCGGGAAAAAAUCACAAACACUGGCGUCGCCAUCUUCCACGACGUCCCGCUCUGUUCCUCAGGGGGUCAUUCCUUUUAAACUGGGCGUCAUUCUCACACAGAGAGCUCGCAUCAAAGCACCUGUAGCGGCUGUUAUCCCCACCUCGUAUGGCACCAACCUCACCCUGGUCCUGAGCCUGUGCUCCCAUCGUGUCAACAAUGCUUUUUUAUUCACCGUCAGGAACAAGAAGAAGAAGCUGCAGCUUGGCGUGCAGUUCAUACCGGGCAAAAUCAUUGUGUACGUGGGGCACAAACAGUCUGUCUAUUUCGAUUACGAUGUCCACGAUGGCCAGUGGCACGACAUGGCCAUCAGCAUCAGGAGUCGAAAGGUUACUCUAUAUACUUCUUGUGGGAAGAAUCGCACUCAUGCAAAUUUGCAUUUCAAGAAAGAGGAUUCCUUAGACCCGGAAGGCUCCUUUCUCCUGGGAAAGUUGGACCAACACUCGGUGCAGUUUGAAGGCGCUGUCUGUCAAUUUGAUAUUUAUCCGUCUGCUAAGGCAGCUCAUAAUUAUUGCAAAUACAUCAAGAAACAGUGCAGGCAGGCUGAUAUCUACAGGCCGAACCUUCUACCCCUCCUCCCCAUUUUACCACGUUUUCCCAAUUCCUCCACCCCAUCUCCUUCUCAGCUGAUGCUGCGGAAGAGGAGCGGACCUGAUGGCAGCUACGGUGAGAGCGUGGCUUUGAUGGGCCCGGCUCCGACGUCGCCGAAUCUCCACCCCUGGACCGUCAGCCGGCCAGCUUUUGGCACCGCAGCCCCUCCCACCGCGUUCCCGACCCGGCGCCGGCUGCCCCCUCACGCCACCAGCCGUGCCGCGGUGCCGACCCCGGUCAGAUCUGCGGGGAGGAACGGCACAGGGUCGGACAGCCGGCAAGGGCCAAUCAGCGAAGCCCCUUCUGGCGCCGCUACACAGCAAGACUCCAAAGGGAGGGAAACGCCGACUGGAAACGCCACAGCCCGUCUCACAGAGACCGUGCCAGCUGUAAAGAAAACCAAACACCAACCCGCCAAGACCCAGAGGCCCACAUCGAAGGAAGGAGUGGGCAAGGAAACUGAGCCGAAACCAGCAACAACGCCAUCAUACCCCAGAGUUACCUACAAUGUGGUGGUUGUUACACCUGCUGCCACAGAUGGAUACCAGACCUUUGGAAUGGAAAGCUUUACUGUUGACCCAAUGCUUCAAGGACUCCAAGGCAUAAAAGGGGACCCAGGACCAAUGGGUCCCCCAGGCCCUCCAGGGUUACCAGGUUCACCUGGAAAACGAGGACCUCGGGGACGCCAAGGACCACAUGGAAACCCGGGUCGCCCUGGUCCUCCUGGUGUAAAGGGAAACAAAGGCGAACCAGGAAUUUCUCCAGGGAAAGCACCCAAUGGACAAAAGGGUGAUGUGGGUCAACCUGGUGCUGUUGGACUCCCAGGGCCUCCAGGUAGAAAGGGGGUGCGUGGACCUACUGGAAGUCGAGGUGCCAAAGGUUAUCCUGGCAGGCAGGGUUUACCGGGACCAAUGGGGAAGCCGGGACCGAAAGGGUAUCGGGGCUUCAUAGGCCCACGUGGAUUAAUCGGUCUUCCAGGAGCAGACGGAAAGCAAGGAAUACCAGGAGAAGCAGGGAAGAGGGGCAAGAUGGGUAGGCCGGGAUUUCCAGGAAACUUUGGAGAGAGGGGAUCACCUGGUGUGGAUGGAAGUCCAGGAGAUUUGGGAGCCCCGGGACCUCCUGGCGUUCGUGGGUUGGUUGGGCUGAUUGGAAACCAUGGAGAACCAGGAUUGAAAGGUGAUAAGGGUGAUGAGGGCAUUCCAGGAAUACCAGGAGAACCGGGUUUCCCUGGCGAUAAGGGUAACCCAGGGAUCCAGGGAAUGCCUGGAACAAGGGGGAAACCUGGCAUCGUUGGCAAAAUUGGUGAAAAAGGUCCAGUUGGAAUACCAGGACCUCCUGGUCUUGAGGGUUUCCCAGGAGACAUCGGUCUUCCAGGGCAAAAUGGUCCGGAAGGCCCAAAGGGAAAACCAGGAGCACGAGGCCUACCUGGGCCACAGGGUCUGUCUGGUCAAGAGGGCGAUGAAGGUCGGACUGGACGACCGGGAGAGCCAGGCCCUGAGGGACGCCCUGGGAGGAGGGGAUUUCCUGGGAAACCAGGACCUGAUGGCCCGAAGGUAAGCCACUGGGUUGUUGUAACAAUUUGGAUCACAUUGGGUCUGCUUCAUGUAUACAGCUAUUAA